AUCAACAACUUGAAGACUAUCUCGAGUUGCUCAAUCUACACUUCCCUUUCACCACAUCCAAUCUAUACAUACACACAGCUGUAUCUAUCACCUCCAACACUAAUCUAUCCCUCCCAAUUUAUAUCGAAUAAUUAAUGCUUAGCUGGUCGAUUGAAGAGGGUUUAGGGUUUUUGUGAAUUGUGCGGCAAUGGUGGAGAGAAGGAAGAGGAAGCCCCUUGUGCUCGCUUCAACUAAAGCCCUCGUCGAUUCCCUGCUCAAUUCUCACAGAACCGCAGAAGAUGGCGACGGAAUUGACCCCGCCCGCUCGCUGCAGCUCACGGCUGGGAUUCUCAGAGUUUCCGACGAUUCACCUCUUAAUUCAGUUGAUGCCUCUGUUUCGAUUGGGUUGUCCACUGCUGUUCUCAAACAAUUGUCAAUUACAUCAGGAUCGCUGGUACUCAUCAACAACGUCGAUGCUAAUGUAAGUAGAAUCGGACAAGCAGUGGUCCUGGACCCACCAAAUCAAGAUGAUGGUUCCUUAGAAAACGGAUCAGUUAUCACGCAUGCUCCUAGGACGAUGCUGAUAUUUCCUUCGUACGCUUAUCCUCAAACUCAGCCUGGGAGUUUGGAUCAUCAAGUGGCUUAUUUGUCACCCAUUCUUGCAUUUAACCUCAAUUUGCAUCAGUCUUGCUUGAAAAAUAUUGUGCAGCAAGGAGGAGAGAAGCUGUCAUCCUUGUUUUUAGUGAAAACAAAUGAUGAAAUAAACGAGAAAGAAAACGAGACCCUUUCUGUCCGAAUAGGGCUAGAAUCUUGGGCUAAGAUGCCAAUAUAUGCCUCACAUUUGAGGGCCUCCUUUGUGAAGAUACCAGAAUGCGGAACCCUUGAACGUCUUAAAACUUGGUCAUCUGAAGAAGCUAAAGAUCGCCAAUGGUUGAUAGAUUUGGCAUUGAAUGAUUACUUUUCUGUUGAUAGAUAUCUUGCCCGGGGUGAUCUUUUCAGUGUAUGCAUUGACUGGAACUGCAAAUCUGAGUUGUGUAUCCCUUGCAACCAAGAGAUGCAAAAUCCCGGUGAACAUACAAUAUACUUCAAGGUUGCAGCUAUGGAACCAUCAGAGGAACCUCUUUUAAGGGUCAAUCGCCAUCAAACUGCGCUUGUUCUUGGAGGAGGGGUUCCGUCUGCCAUCCCUCCAGAUCCAUUGAUUCCACAGCCGAAACGUGUCUAUCACUUGCAAGAUGAUGCAGUGCUGGCUCUAGCCUCCAUAGUUGCACCAACCUUAUUCCCAUCAGCUUUGUCAUCAAAAUUCAGGGUCUCCAUCCUUUUACAUGGUGCUGCAGGUUCUGGAAGGAGGACUGUGGUAAGAUAUGUUGCUCAUCGAUUGGGUUUACAUGUAGUGGAAUAUAGUUGUCAUGAUUUCAUGGCAUCUUCAGAAAAGAAAGCAUCUAUUGCUCUGGCUGAAGCUUUCAGUGCCGCUCGAAGAUAUAGUCCAGCAAUCCUUCUGCUCCGUCAUUUUGAGAUUUUCCGCAAUUUAGCUGCUCAAGAGGGGUCGUCCCAUGAGCAAGUUGGAGUUAACUCAGAAGUUGCAUCUACCAUUAAGCAAUUCACUGAGCCAAUUACUGAAGAUAAAAAUGGUUAUUUUGACAACCACACAGAUGGUCCGUUAAAAGUUACUCCAACGAUAAACCAGCACCCUGUACUACUAGUUGCAACUGUCGACAGCUCUGAAGGUCUUCCUCCAAUUAUCCGACGCUGUUUUAGUCAUGAAAUAAAAAUGGGAACCCUCAGUGAAGAACAAAGGUUACAAUUGCUGUCCCAGUCAUUUCAGCACAUCUCUGACCUGCUUCCCGAUACUUCUGUACAAGAUCUUGUAAAGGAUCUAGUUGGACAAACAUCAGGUUUCAUGCCCCGAGAUUUGCGUGCUUUAAUUGCUGAUGCUGGAGCAAAUAUAAUAUCCAAGAAGCUGGAGCCUGAAAACUCAGUGCCUGGUUCAUCGGAGUCGCCAUCGGUUGAAGAUAGUAAAAAUAUAAAUAAUGCACCCCAGGAUCUUAGCAAAGAAAAUAUAUUCAAAGCAUUGGAACGAUCAAAGAAAAGAAAUGCAUCAGCUCUUGGUACUCCUAAGGUACCUAACGUCAAAUGGGAAGAUGUCGGUGGCCUUGAGGAUGUCAAAAAGUCAAUCCUGGACACUGUCCAGCUUCCUCUAUUGCAUAAGGAUUUAUUUUCAUCUGGGUUGCGUAAACGAUCAGGAGUUCUUCUUUAUGGUCCACCAGGGACUGGAAAAACGUUAUUGGCAAAAGCUGUCGCUACAGAAUGCUCCUUGAACUUUCUGAGUGUAAAAGGGCCUGAACUUAUCAACAUGUACAUCGGAGAGUCAGAGAAAAACGUGAGGGACAUUUUUCAGAAGGCCAGAGCGGCACGCCCAUGUGUUAUAUUUUUUGAUGAGCUUGAUUCGCUUGCCCCAGCUCGAGGUGCUUCCGGAGAUUCUGGUGGUGUUAUGGACAGAGUGGUUUCUCAGAUGCUUGCAGAAAUUGAUGGACUGAAUGAUUCUACUCAGGACUUGUUUAUAAUUGGGGCCAGUAAUAGACCUGAUCUUAUCGACGCAGCGCUUCUGAGGCCAGGCAGAUUCGACAAGCUCCUCUACGUUGGUGUUAAUUCUGAAGCAUCUUAUAGGGAGAGGGUACUAAAAGCACUUACCCGAAAGGUUAAAUUGCACGAAGACGUCUCCCUAUAUGAGAUAGCGCUGAAAUGCCCUCCGAAUUUCACUGGGGCUGAUAUGUAUGCCCUCUGCGCAGAUGCUUGGUUUCAUGCUGCAAAACGGAAAGUAUCAGUUGAUGAUUCAGCUUCAUCCCCACCUGAUCAACCCGAGGCUGUUGUCGUUGAAUACGAAGAUUUUAUUGAGGUGUUGAGAGAGUUAUCGCCUUCACUAUCAAUGGCUGAGCUGAAGAAAUACGAGAUGCUGCGUGAUCAGUUUCAAGGCCCAUCCAAAUAAAUCAUAGUGAAACCGUUGUCACGUUGUAUAAUAAACACAAUUUUCUAAUCAAUUUAUACAAGUUUUAGAUUUAAUUUGCAUCA